AGAGAGAGAAGAGAAAGAAAAAGAAGGAGAGAAAAGGAAGGAAGAAAGAAAAUGAAAAAGAAAGAAAGAGGGAAAGAAAAAGAAAAAAAACUGUUUUGUUAUUGCUGUUUCUGGCAGGCAAUGCACGUGGGCGUGGUUAGUGGAAGCCCCGCCCCACCUCCCGUGAUUCAGACUAAUUUCACUCUUCCUACGCUGCUGGGGCGUUGCGCUUUGUGGGACCUUUCUCCUCCUCCUCCCCUCCCAUCCGAAAUGGUCGCGCCCGCUCUGCGCGCGGCGGAGCCCGGGCCGCUUCCAUUGGUGCGAAGCGAGGGAGGCGGAAGCGCGCGGAUGGAACGUUCGGGCCCGGACGAGACCAUCCGGCCGGGCGGGGGUGGGAGCGGGGAAAGUUGCUGCGGCGCUCAGCUCCCGCUAUGGCGCCGUUUCCGAAGCUGGUGCUGCUGUUCAGCGGGAAGCGAAAAUCGGGCAAAGAUUUUGUGGCCGAAGAAAUCCAAAGCCGGUUGGGGCUGGAUGUUUGCACCAUUCUCCGCUUAUCCGGGCCUCUGAAAGAGCAAUAUGCAAAGGAACACGGCCUGGACUUCCAGCGGCUUUUAGACGCCAGCGAUUACAAGGAACUGUAUCGGGAAGACAUGAUCCGCUGGGGCGAAGAACGACGCCAGAGCGAUCCUGGUUUCUUUUGCCGCAUUGUGGUGGAGGGCCUGACGCAACCCAUCUGGAUUGUGAGUGACACCCGCCGAUCCUCGGACGUGGAGUGGUUUCGAGACGUGUAUGGGGACCUGGUGCAAGUCGUGAGGGUGAUCGCCACGGAGGAGACCCGGCGAAGACGGAAAUGGGUGUUUGUGGCAGGAAUUGACGACGCGGAAUCCGAGUGCGGGUUAGACCAAGGCGUCCCUUUUGACUGGGUCAUCACCAACGAUGGAGAUGAACUGUCCUUAGAGGCUCAGCUGGAGAAGCUGCUCCUAUUUAUCCAGACCAAACUUUAGGAAUGGCUGGGUUUUCCCGGUCUGUGCUCUGCCGCUCUUUUGGGGAGGGCGGCACCUGAUGGGGAGGGGCUUAGGCUGGGGCUUGGCUGAAGGACCAAAGAGGGGUGAAGACGUGGGUAUAGGUCCUUCCCAAGCAGAUGCCCCAGGCAAGGAACGAGCCAUUAAACUUUGUUGUACAGCUAUGAGAAUUUCCUUCCUGGAGUGGAGACUCCAUUCCAGAAAGUACUAUAAUCCAGUGCCGGUUUUUCUUCUUUAAAUUUUUUUCUCCUCCAUCUCAGCAGGGUUACUACUUGUUUUUACCCCCACCUGGCAGGUAUCUCGGAAGGAAGAUUUAAUUCCCACCUUUUGAUAAGUCUUGAUCCCUCUCCCCAUUGGUGGAAGAAAUAACGGGGUCCAUCUUCGGGCUUAUCUCCCCCUUUUGAGAUGAGGACAGUACAGCUUCCCGCCACCAGGGGGCAGAGCAAGCCAGACCUUUUCAUCCUCGCUUACAGCUUUCCAAAGGGGGGGGGGGUGAUCUGAUUUUUGUCAUCCCACUGAGAAAAAAAAAUCCUGAUUUUUGUCCUUCCACUGAGGAAAAAAAAUCCUGAUUUUUUUUUGGUCCUUCCACUAUGCUCUACUUCAGUGCCUGGAGCUUGAAAUUCAUGCAAGUUUUGUUGUUGUUCCGAUUUGUUCCUGUGGAGGGAAAGAGAAAGAAUCCCAUGGGUGAGUGGGUGGGUGGGGGAGAACAUCCCACUUCUCCCACUGGAGCUUUCCGUCUGGAUCUGGAAAUACUCCCAAUGCCACCUUCCUCUGUGGUUAAAAGGUGGGGAAGCAACAUUGCUGUGCCUUAUUCUCCGUCUGUCGCUCCCUUCCUUCCUUCCUUCCUUCCUUCCUUCCUUCCUUCCUUCCUUCCUUCCUUCCUUCCUCCCUCCCUCCCUCCCUCCCUCCCUCCCUCCACAAAUCUUCUAUUCCCCUUGCAGAGGGCCAAUUUCUCCUCCAGCUGUAGGGAUUUCAUUCCAGAAAAUGGGGUGGAGGAGUGGGGGAGACUCCAAAAAGCCACAUUCCAACAUUUUGAUUGGAAGCGUUUUUAAGAAGCAUUCGAAAUGCAUUGGAAAAUGCAAUUCUGCAGCUCCUCUUGAUUAUUUUUUUUAACCAUCCCCCCCCCCUCUCUGCUUAACUCCGCUCCAAUGCUGGGUUUUAUAAAGCUCCCUGUGGCAUAGGAGCCCUGGGGAUUUAAAAUAAGUUGGCAACUAAACAACUCAGCUUUUUUUUUUUUUUUUGCCAAAUGCAUUUGCAAAGGGUGGGCUGUACGUUGUGAAAAGCUUUGCAAGGCUGCUUCAUUUUGAGGGGGGGAAUUUGGGGAGGGGGCUGCUUUCAGCCUGGAUACCCCACCCCCCCCCCUCUGAAUGGGAAAUGCCCUCCCAGCUGUUUGCAGGGACCCCUCCCCCCCAAUCUGCCUCUGUUGCUGUUUUAGCCUGCAAAGGCCUCCCGUAUUAGGCAUUAAUUGUUAAUAUUAAUGAGAAAGCCCGACUUUUCUCUCAUCUUAUUGGGCAGGGAGGUGUUGUGAUGCUCCUAAUAAAGCCCAUUGAUUGUUUAAAAGUC